CGUCUGGAAACAGAAGCUCUUUCUGAAACCAACCAUCCAUCCAACCCUGAGCUAGGCCCUUCAACUCGGAGAUGGCCAUGCAGAAGGCCAAGCGCACUGUGGAGUCGGAAUAUGCUGUCGUGGGCACCUGGGAGGACACAAACAUCACGUUAACCGUGCUGGAGCAUUAUAUACCACGUUAUUUUCGCAAUGCCAAGGUGGCCUAUUAUUUGGGUGAGGAGCGACUCUCGCGUGUCAAUCGGAAUAAUGUCACACGCAUCGUGAGCGAUGAGACACGUCAGUUGCUACGCAAGAAUCUGACAAAUGAGAUUGAGUUCUACGAGUUCUGUAAACAGCGUCUAUAUUUGCAAUAUGCGGCACUCGGAAAUGGCAAGCGCUUUGGCGAGGAUGACUAUCUGCUGAUGCCGGAGUUGCGCGGCGAAGAUUCGAAAGAUGAUUAUGAGUAUUAAACAGAAGUGUAUAUAUAAUUUAAGCUGUGCCAACUAUUAUUAAAUAAAUUCAUUUGUACAAUAACACAACAAAUAUGCACUUUAUUCUGUGCUUAGUAAACGUCUUUAGACUCUAAGUUCGUUUGUGACUUAAACUGCUUGGGAAUUUUAAGCCCAUUGCAAUGACAGCAAUGACAAAUGUAAGCUUUAGCUUUUCGCCCACCGCCUCUCUGUGUGCUUGUGUUGUUUGUCGCUCUCUUCAACACUCUCCAUCUCUA